CUUCUUCGUCAGCCUCCCUUCCACCGCCAUAUUGGGCAACUAAAAAAAGGGGGCUCGCCUUUUCGGGGUGUUUUUCUCCCCUAUCCCUCUCCCCACUUUGUCUUCACUCCGCUACUGUGACGCCGGCAAGGUUUGGAGAACGGCUGGGUUCCCGGGAGCCGCGGGCUAGCACCAGCCUGGACUUGGACUGGGUUUUCCACCCCCUCCUCCUUUCUCCCCUCCCCUCCCCGCCCUCCAGCUCGCCGGUACACUUGAUCUGCGGAGACUUUCCGCUGCCUCUCCGGGGCUUCCCCUUACUCCCUCCCCCAGAUCCACUGCGCUCCUGAAGCUCGGGCAGUUACUUGUUGGUGUUUGUUUCUCUUGGCUCCGACGGCAAUCGCAGAGCUUAUAAAAGGGGGCUGGGCUGGGUUGGGUCGGGGCGUUUUGUUUUGUUCGGUUUUGUUUUUUGAGAGAGCGAGACAGGCGGUAGUAAAGACUCGGGAGGAAGAUGUCAAACGUGCGUGUGUCUAACGGGAGCCCGAGCCUGGAGCGGAUGGACGCCAGACAGGCGGAGUACCCUAAACCCUCCGCCUGUAGAAACCUCUUCGGCCCGGUGAACCACGAAGAGUUAACUAGAGACUUGGAGAAGCACUGCAGAGACAUGGAAGAGGCCAGCCAGCGCAAGUGGAAUUUUGAUUUUCAGAAUCACAAGCCCCUGGAGGGGAAAUACGAGUGGCAGGAGAUGGAAAAGGGCAGCUUGCCCGAAUUUUACUACAGACCCCCGCGGCCACCCAAAGGCGCCUGGAAAGUGCCUGCGCAGGAGAGCCAGGAUGUCAGCGGGAACCGCCAGGCGCUGCCUUUAAUUGGGUCUCAGGCUAACUCAGAGGACACACAUUUGGUAGACCAAAAGACUGAUACAUCAGACAGCCAGACGGGGUUAUCGGAGCAGUGCACUGGGAUAAGGAAGCGACCUGCAACAGAUGAUUCCUCUACUCAAAACAAAAGAGCCAACAGAACAGAAGAAAAUGUUUCAGAAGGUUCCCCGAACGCUGGUUCAGUGGAGCAGACACCCAAGAAGCCUGGCCUCAGAAGACGUCAAACGUAA